ACUCGGCUUUACAAUCAUGCUUUCAGUUUGCUACCAGGAACACCAUCAGUAGCCAACCUUCCAGCCUGGACUGCCAUCGAAUCUGAUUUGAAUCCAAUCGGGGAGACCAACGUGCAAUCAGUCAGCUAUCACGUUGCAGUCAACGAACGUGUAUGCUUUCCCGACACUCCACAUCCAAACACGACAAGCCGAGCCCUCGACCGCCUCCCUGUAAUCAUCCCAAAUAUCUACAAUCGGAAGAUCUGCAGUAGCGGCUUGUAUCUUAUAUGCGAGCCUGGCUUCGUCCCACCUCGCUCCGAUAACUCCACAGCGACCAGGCCGUCCUCUGAGCUUCUACCAUCCGACAUAUACGUACAUCAUAUCUGCAUUUGCUUCGAGGUCGGUUCUGUAGAAUAUUUUGCGGGAGCAUCGCCCCGCACGCCCAUCGCCGAGGUGGCAGACCAAACGUCCCGUUCAGACGCUAUAUACCCCGACGUCUCCGAGAGUCCUGUCACGACACGACCGUUCUCCGGCCCUGCUCGGGCCUUGCCCUCUUCGACCGCCUUCGAAACCGCUGAAAGCAACGCUCCCGGUCUGUUGUCACUUGCGCCGACGCCGACGUUCUUGCCUUCGAUCAACCCUACUCAGGAAGACACCAUCGUGCGAAAUUCCACAGGGCCCUCGCAGCCUCCUUCGACCAUCCCGCUCCAAACUCAGGUCCUUGGGAGGAGACGCAGAGAUUCUUCAUCUGGUGACGAAGAAGGCGAGGGUCGAGCCGUCAGCUCGAUCUCGUUAGCAGGCGUGGGCUCAGGCUCCUUAGCUACUACCGAAUCAGCUCUGCAACGGCGCCAAGGCAAGCGCAUGCGGCGGGACAGUAUGCUUGCCGACGAUAGUAGGAUCUUGAACCCAGGACAGUCCUCAACCAUAGCCUCCAAUGGAAAUGGCUCUCUGCAGUCCAGAGCGGCGACCACAAAUGGCACCCACAAGAUGAUGGCCGGGGCUGGCCCCAGUAGCACUUCUUCGUAUAAUGGUAGAGACAUGGUACGCCCACAAAGCGGCGACUAUCUUGGGCAUGACAGAGAGGAAGUCACCAGGAUAUUGAUUCAAGCAUUAUCUGAAAUGGGAUACCAAGAAGCUGCCGAGAGUGUCAGCAGGCAUAGCGGCUAUCAACUUGAGAGUCGGGCAGUCGCCGAGUUCCGAACGGCCGUCCUGGAUGGUGACUGGCCUGAGGCAGAACGGUUGCUAUUCAGUGCCGUGGAGCCAACGUCAAAGACAGGCAAGGUGUCGUCCGGAAACGGCCUGAUACUUGCGCCUGGCGCCGACAAAGCUCUGAUGCAGUUCUGGCUUAGGCAGCAGAAGUUCCUCGAGCUUCUAGAGCAGCGAGAAACGGGACGUGCGCUUGCGGUGCUUCGCAACGAACUCACGCCAUUAUAUCAAGACACGCCCAAGCUGCACUUUCUGUCGGGACUGCUCAUGUGCCGGACACCAGAGGACCUGAGGGCCAAAGCCGAAUGGGAUGGUACGCACGGCGAUUCCCGGCAUAUACUCCUCUCAGAGCUUUCCCGUUGCAUAUCACCGUCGGUGAUGCUGCCAGAGCAUCGCCUUGCAGUCUUACUUUCACAGGUUAAAGAGGACCAGAUAUUGAAUUGUAUCUAUCACACUAGCGCAACGUCGCCAUCACUUUACUGCGACCAUUAUUGCGACAGGGAGAAAUUUCCCUCUCAGGUCAUCCAAGAACUCAGCAGUGGCGCGGGCGAGAUCUGGCAGAUUCAGUUCUCGCACGACGGCACAAGGCUGGCAAGCUCUGGAAGUGACGAGUCGGUCAUUAUUUGGUCGAUAUCACCUCCGAAGAUUCUGCACACGCUGGAAGGUCAUGAUACAGGAGUCGGAAACAUAGCUUGGAGUCCAGACGACAGCAUGCUCAUCACAUGCGGCAGGGACAGAUAUGCACGAUUUUGGGAUACAAGGACUGGCGACUUGAUACGACAACUGGAACGAUUCGAAGAGCCUGUAAGCAGCUGCAUCUGGGCUGCUGAUGGACAGUCGGUGAUUCUAGGUUCUUUUGAUAGAGAGAGGUCUCUGUGCCAAUGGGAUCUGGACGGCGAGCGCGUCUGUACGUGGACCAAAAAGCACCGAACUGAAGAUGUUGCCGUAUCACCCGAUGGUCGCUGGCUCGUGGCCAUGGACGAACAGUCUAAGCUUCACGUCUACAAUUUCAUGACACGUGAGAUCGAAUACGAAUUUGAAGUAAAGCCACGGCCUUGCUCUAUCGCUAUCAGUCAGGAUUCAAGACUGCUACUGGCAAACAGUAACGACGGGGCUGUACAACUAUUUGAUCUCCUUUCGGGAGGGUUGCGGCUGCAACAAUACCUCGGAUGCACUGGCGGCGCCUUUCUCAUAAGGUGCGAAUUCGGUGGCGCCAAUGAGAGCUUCGUUGCCAGCGGUAGUGAGGACGGCAAGGUAUCCAUCUGGCACAAGGCUACAGGUCAUCUAAUUUGUCGACUUCACGCCCAUCACCCACGUUGCAACGCCGUUCGUUGGAAUCCCAAAGAUCCAUGCAUGUUCGCCACGUGUGGCGAUGACGGCAAGAUUAAGAUAUGGGGAAACUCGGAGCAUAGCCUGAGGUCGCUUUCGCCCAACGGGUCAGCGGUUUAG